AUGGUCGGCGCGGCGCAGUACCUAGACGAAGAGAUUGACUGGGUUCUCUCUGCCGUCGUCGGUAAGAAGAAACAGUCAUACAUCCAGACUCAUUUCAAGGACAAGUUUGGACGCAGCUUGAACCAUAAUCAGAUUCGGUACAUCAAGAACAAAUACGGUAAAGACCCGAGGUUUAAUAGCCCGUUGGUGAAUACUCGAGCUCCCAGAAUAGCCACAUCGCCAAAGCCCUCCGUUUCGGGUGAGCAGGAAGACGAAGAUGGACAGCGCUAUGAAAUUGAUUUCGGAAGUCUGACCGAAGUUGGCCUACAAACGAAAGUAGAGGAGCCGCAAAGUGAGCAAAAAGAUGAAGCAGUGACUAUGGCACGGGCGAAGCGCAAGAGAGGUCAUGGUGAUUCGGGUGAAGGGCGUUCAAGGUUGAUCAAGAAAAUCACUGGGCCACAGCGGCCAGAAUUUCAGCGAGAUCGAGUAUCCUCAAAGACCGUUGAGUAUGAGACGCCUCCACAGCAAUGGAGCACUCUCGACCUUCAGCUCCCUACAUCUCAUAUCCAUUCGGCCUCUACACCAACAGUAUCUCUAGCAGACAAUUAUCACGGUAAUCUACAUGUGACGGCGCAUGAUGGUUCUCAACAUCCGAAACUCUCGCAAUUCCACAACACCAGUACUAGCGUUGGUUGGGCGCCAUCCGCGUCACUGAACACUUGGGCAACCAUCAACUCUCCUAUCUCUACGAGUGUCGGCAAUAGCGUGAAUACUUCGGCUUUGAUUCAUCCUCCUACAUCAAUGGAGCAGCCGUAUCAUCAUCCAGUCCAGCAAAACCACAUGCUGCUCCAGACGCCGGCCAUAACCCAGUACCAUCUUCAACUGCCUCAAACCCGCCUGGCUGCCCUAUCAGCCUCGCCGUUCUCUCCCCUUGCACGGAGCGUCGCCCCGUCUCCCUAUCAGAAUUACCGAGAACAACAGACAAUUCAGUUACCACCGAGAGAGCAGGAUACUCACACUCACAUCGAAGCCCCUGAGACUCCAGCAUUUCCUAAUCUUGCUAUCUCAGAGGUGGAAGGACAACCUCAUCUAGACACACUCUCUAGCGUGGUAUUUCCACUAAUCCCCAGCUUCCAAGAGAUGCCCAUCGAGCCGGCAUCUUCCCACAGCAUCGCCGAACUCCCAACCUUGGCCACAGGAGAUGUCCACGAGCACCACUAG